UGCCUGCCGCGGUCGCCAGGGACCCCCGGAAGUAGCCGCUGCUGGGUAUUCCUGGUGUCUCCGAGUCCUGGUUUGCGAUGGGUUGCGACGGAGGAACAAUCCCCAAGAGACACGAACUGGUGAAGGGGCCGAAGAAAGUUGAGAAGGUUGACAAAGAUGCUGAACUAGUGGCCCAGUGGAACUACUGUACUUUAAGUCAGGAGAUACUAAGGCGACCCAUAGUUGCCUGUGAACUUGGCAGACUUUACAACAAAGAUGCCGUCAUUGAAUUUCUUUUGGACAAAUCUUCCGAAAAGGCUCUUGGGAAGGCAGCAUCUCACAUUAAAAGCAUUAAGAAUGUGACAGAACUAAGGCUUUCUGAUAAUCCCGCCUGGGAAGGGGAUAAAGGAAACACAAAAGGUGACAAACACGAUGACCUCCAGCGGGCACGUUUCAUCUGUCCCGUUGUGGGCUUGGAGAUGAAUGGCCGGCACAGGUUUUGCUUCCUGCGGUGCUGUGGUUGUGUAUUUUCUGAACGAGCCUUGAAAGAGAUAAAAGCAGAAGUUUGUCACACAUGCGGGGCCGCCUUCCAGGACGACGACAUCAUCGUGCUCAACGGCACCAAGGAGGAUGUGGAGACGCUGAAGGGAAGGAUGGAGGAGAGGAGGCUGAGGGCGAAGCUGGGAAAGAAAGCAAAGAAACCCAAAGCGGUAGAGUCUGUCUCAAAACCAGAUGUCAGUGAAGAAUCCCCAGGACCAUCGAAAGUGAAGACCGGGAAACCUGAAGAAACCAGCCUAGAUUCCAGAGAGAAGAAAGCCAGCUCGGCUCCCAGAGGUACAGCAGCAAACGGGAGCUCUUCUGGAAAAGUCAAGAAGCCUGUGUGUGGAGCCACAAAGAGGCGCAUUGCGGACAGUGAAGAGUCCGAGGCGUACAAGUCCCUUUUCACCUCCCACAGCUCUGCCAAGCGCCCCAAGGAGGAGUCGGCCCACUGGGUCACCCACACGUCCUACUGCUUCUGAGUCCCGGGGUCCCCUGGGCUCUGCCGGCCCCCCGUGUGCCCGUGGUUGUGAGGUCACCCUCGCUUGUGCGGCACCCGGAUUCGCAGAGUGGCCGCAGCCGCACCUGCCCGCCCCUCCCACAGGCCCCGCGCUCGCUCCCCCUGCAGAUGCGCCUGGCCCCCCACUGCCCAGAGAGACACGUGGGCUGCGCCUUCCGUGCUGAACAUGAUUAAAGACUCCAGAUCCCUGA